CUGGCGGAAGUGGUGAGGAUUGCGUGACGUCGGCUCCGCCUCCUAGCCGGCAGUACCAUGCGCAGUCAGGAGACUGGAGGAGGUUAUUCGGCCGCUGGCAGCGGGACAUGGCGCAGCCAAGACGUGACAGCAGUUUUGGGGAUUAAUCCAAACAGCAGCCUACUGUACCACCUUAUCCGCAUAUAAAGCCCAGGGAAAGCAUGGCCGCCUUGCUAGUACGAGGCUGUGUCCUGAGACCCACCUGGACAAGCAGAACGGCUCCUGUGUGUGUCCGAGGAGAAGUCAUGAAGGGUAAUUUUGCUGAUUCUUUCUGCCUAAGCUGCACCUCACUUCGGUUAUUUAAUUACAGAACUGCUUGUUUUAGAAGUUGCACUGCUGCCCAUCCAGUUUAUGUUGCCUCAAGGAGAGGGGACAAUGGACUUCUAUGGACUGACACAUCUGAAAGACGCUACUAUAAGUCCCCCAGUUCUGCAACUUCAUGGACGGCACUUAAAACAGGACCAUGGGACCUAUCCGUCCGCAACUUGCACUUGUCGCGACCACUUUUAGACGAUUCUGUGGUAGAAAAGUCACUGAAGUCAUUAAAGGACAAAAAUAAAAAGCUGGAAGAAGGAGGCCCCGUAUACAGCCCCAUCAGCGAAGUGGAAACUGUAAAGAAAUCUCUGGGACAAAAGGUCAUAGAUGAAGUAAAACACUAUUAUCAUGGCUUCCGACUCUUGUGGAUAGAUACUAAAAUAGCAGCGAGAAUGCUCAGCCAGAUUCUCAAUGGGCAUGCCAUGUCACGCAGAGAGAGGCGGCAGUUCCUGAGGAUAUGCGCUGACCUUUUUCGGCUUGUUCCGUUCCUCGUCUUUGUUAUCGUGCCCUUCAUGGAGUUCCUGCUUCCAGUUGCAUUGAAGCUGUUCCCGAAUAUGCUGCCUUCAACCUUUGAAACAUUCUCCAAAAAGGAGGAGAGAUUGAAGAAGGAGCUCCGAGUUAAGCUGGAACUGGCCAAAUUCUUGCAGGAUACAAUAGAGGAAAUUGCACUGAGGAAUAAAGCUGCCAAAGGGGACGUCGCCGCUGAGUUUUCAACUUUUUUCCAAAAGAUCCGGAGCACCGGAGAAAGGCCCAGCAAUGAGGAGAUUGUCCGCUUCUCCAAGCUGUUUGAGGAUGAACUGACCCUGGAUAAUCUGACCAGACCACAACUAGUGGCUCUCUGUAAACUCCUGGAACUGCAGUCAAUCGGAACCAACAACUUCCUUCGCUUUCAGCUCACCAUGAAACUGAGAUCCGUUAAAGCGGACGACAAACUCAUAGCUGAGGAAGGGCUGGAUUCCCUGACGGUAACAGAACUGCAAGCAGCAUGUCGUGCCAGAGGAAUGAGAGCACUCGGGGUCACAGAAGAGAGACUCAAGGAACAACUUAAGCAGUGGCUGGAGCUACACCUGGAUCAGGAAAUUCCUACAUCGUUGCUCCUUUUAUCCCGAGCUUUGUAUCUGCCCGACACACUGUCACCAGCCGAUCAGCUCAAAUCAACACUACAGACUUUGCCGGAAAGUGUGGCCAAAGAAGCACAAGUUAAAGUGGCAGCUGUGGACUGUGAUAAAGUGGAUAACAAAACCAAACUUGAAGCCACUCUCCAGGAGGAAGAAGCCAUACGGAAAGAAAACCAGGAAAAAGAGAUGGAGAGAUUAGCGGAUGCCGCCAAAGAAAGCCAGCAGGCUGCAGCAAAGGUUGAUGUACCGUUGGCUCCUGAGGAAGAAUUGUCAGGGGAUAUGAAAACUGCCACUGCUGAUAUGGGCAAUCAACCCUCUGUAGCCCAAAUGAGUGCCUCAGAGCAAGCAGAGAUUUUGAUAGACACAGCGCCAGUCUUGGAGGGCAUUAAGGGUGAAGAGAUAACUAAGGAAGAAAUUGACAUAUUAAGUGACGCAUGCACAAAACUGAUAGAGCAAAAGAAAUUGUUAACAAAGGAGAAAGAAGAACUUUCCGAACUUAAGGACGAUGUGCAAGAAUACAGUGAGGACCUAGAGGAAAUCAAAAAAGAGCUCUCUAAAGCAGGUCAAGAGAAAGUAUUGGAAGAGACGAAGGCGAGCAAGAUUCUAACGAAGAGAGUAAACAGGAUGAUUGGUCAGAUGGACAAAAUCAUCUGUGAACUGGAGAAUGAAGAGAAAGUGUUGGAUGAGCACAUUGAAAAGGGACCUGUCCCUCCUGUUGGAUUGUAUUUCGCCUUUAGGGAAAACCUCGUCAGCAUCAACGAGCUGAUCAGCAUCAUGAGGCAGCUCCAGCAAAUCCCUGAGCAGAAGCUGCAGAGAAUCGCCGAUGCACUGGAUGAAAAUAAAGAUGGCAAAAUCGACUUAGAUGAUGUGGCUAAGGUGGUGGAGCUGAUUGACAAGGAAGAUAUAGACAUAUCUACAAGCCAAGUUGCGGAGAUCAUGGAACUGCUGCAGAAGGAAGAGAAACUGGCUGAAAAGGAGAAGGCUAAGGAAAAGGUGGAGAAGGAGCAGGCGGCAGAAGCCCAGAAUUAGUGAAGGAAAUCAUCAUAUCUUCCACUUCCCCUCAUCGUGUAAACUAUCCAUAGAGCUGCUACCGUGUCCCGACUCACUUUUUUUUGGGGUGGGUUAAUUGCCAAGCAACCUAUUCAUUUUUGGGUUGAAAUAAAAGCUUCAGUGAUCCAAAAAGUUAAUUACAGUCAUUCCAUAGGUAUCAGACCUGAACUGGGGACUUUCAAUGGCAUUUUUAAUUUUUAUUUUGUAUUGGAAUUCCUAGAAGGCAACGUAACAAUUAUAUUAUCCUAAAUCACUUUUAAUUGCCUAACACUGGGAUAGAUCUAGGCAUGUAAAAGCCUGGUAGUUGUUGUUCAGCAAGUGUGCUAGUGUCUAGCCAGCGCUUGUUUAGCUCAUUCCUCCUUUUUUAAAGAGGAAAUGUGCCCUGUUUGUAAGAACCUUGUUUUUAAUUUUCACUCCAAUUUACAUAGUAAA